AUGGAGAAACGCCGGGAGCGUGGCCGGAUAAGCGUUCGCUGGGUGCGUCUAGUGGAGCCCGCAAUAUUGCACGGCGAGGGUGGUGAUACGGCGGCACCGGAUGGUUACCCUUUCCAGGUAGGAUACUGCGAAAGUGACGGCAUCUAUCCGGGUACGACGUUGCCACAGUACACGCUCUAUCUGGUAGCGGAUAGCGAGAAGGAACGCACCGAGUGGGUGCUGACGUUACGAAAAGCUUGCGAAGAAUACAGUCCCAAAUCGUCCCGAUAUCAUCCUAGUCUUUGGCAAGGCCGAAAAUGGUCCUGCUGUAAAUCGCCUUACAGGCGGGCGUUAGGCUGUCAGCUGGCAACGCACUGGCCGGAGUACAACAACAAUCCAAGCAAUUUAGAAAACUGUUCUUACCCAAAAAUCAACCCAAAUCGUUCAUCAUGUAACCAAAUCCGCAACAGAGAAG